AUGUACGACAAGAUCAAUGUCAUUUCGUUCUUCCUCUAUUUCUCUAUUGUCUGUGCGCAACAACCGCAGUUCACGUGUCCGAAUAAUGCGAACCCGUUGGUGGCGAAUAGUGGGACCAACUUGUUUUGCACGUCCAUUGGAUCUAAUACGGACUGCCCGACGAGUUCCAUCUGCACCACGGCUGCCAACGCUGCGGGUGUCCUAAUCUGCUGUUCACAAGCAACCGGCAUCAACCCAGUAUGUCCUAAUAGUGCAAUCUCUCAGCCAUCUGCAAUUGGUUAUGUGGAAUGUGCAAUCAACAAUCCAGUUAAUUGUCUUGUUGGAUUCCAAUGUGUGCAAUCCUCUAAUAUAGCGAGCACAUUCAUAUGUUGUUCCACAUCUACAUCGGUUUCUUCUUGUCCUUCAGACUUCACUCCAGCACUUGGAGCCAAUGGGGGAACUAUUGCAUGUAGCCCCUCCGCCACCACAUGUCCAACUGGAUCUUCCUGUAUGCAAAGUACUUUAAAUUCAGCAUUCAUCUGUUGUAGAUCCGCGAAUUCCCAAAGAAUAUGCUCUAACAAUCAGAAUGCGUUGAUCACAAAUGGAGCACUAGAGCUGUGCACCACACCAGGGACUCAAUGUUCAUCGACUGGCUAUACAUGCCAACUCUCUGUUCUUCUAGCAACUUAUGUGUGUUGCGGACAAGGUUCCACUGGCGGAACUUCUAUUGGAUGUGCAGAUGGACGGCCUGUAUACCAACAGAUUGCUGGAGAGACAUAUCAAUGUGAGAUUACGAGUACUAUCACAAGUUGUCCGACCGGUUAUGAUUGUGCACCUUCUGAUGAUCCUUUUGUUGAUGUUUGUUGUCUGACAGGAUCCACACCAAUCCCUGAAAAUCUUUCCUGUCCCACUGGCUGGAAUCCUUAUCGAAACGAAGUUGACAAUGCAGUCCGUACCUGCACAGCUGUCCUUGACACCUCCUGUCCAAUUGGUUUCUCUUGUGCUCCUUCCAAUCAAGUGUCCCAGUUUCUAUGUUGUCGUCUUGCUAGUUCUCUGGUAUGUAUCAAUGGGAAGACGUUACUUGUGAAUGGAGCACCGAAACUGUGUACACCGACAACUUAUAGUCAGUGUCCGUAUAAUUAUUCGUGUCAGCAGAGUGUGAAUCCAACUGUGACAGUAUGCUGCUCUAACACCUGA